UUUAACCCCAAAGUGUAAAUUAUUUUAAAAUUCAAAACUGUUGUAUAGAUAACCAAUAAUGAACAAAAAACUGAGUGUUAAAAACAUUUUUUAUAUACAUUUUGUAAUUGUGUAUUUACUUUCAAAUUUAUAAACCAUAUUUACUAGUUUAGAUUUUGUAAAUAAUAUUUAGUGUCAAAUACAUUCAAAAAAAUGUUUUAAAAAGGUGCAUAAUAUUCUGUUUCUACUGGUGUCGGUAGUAAUAACUUCGCAACCAUGGCUGGUGGUGAAGUUGACUCUAAACGUGAUCUUCAAGAGCUGCAAUUCAUUUUAUGGGGGCGAAUUUGUUCAAAUGAAACAUUUAGGAGAUGGGCUCAAGGUUUUAUAUUUUCUGAAACUGAACCAACUGCUUUAGAGCAGAGAUCUGGAGGACCAUGUGCUAUUUUAGCACCUGUUCAGGCGUAUAUGUUAAAAUAUAUAAUUAGCUCCAAUAAACCUGAUGAGUUUAAAAAGAUAACAAAAAGUGAUCAAGAAUCAUUGUUGAUUCGAGCUAUGGUCGAUAUAUUAAUGCAGUGUACAAAAAGAACUCAAAAUCCUGCUGUUACAUUAGUGUACCGUGAUCAAAAUGAUGUCAAAGAAACAAAAGUACCACCAAAUAAUUGCAGCGUUUUGAACUCAGUAACAAGCAAUGUAUGUAAUAAAGGUAAUACUGAGCCAAUAGCAUCAACGUCUGAAAAGCAAGAACAGGCUCAGCAAAUGGUUACCAAUGAUAUUGAAUUGUCACCAGUAGAUAUACCAGGCGUACCUGAUUUUCCUGAAAUAACUAAGAAUAAUGAUAAUUAUUCUGAAUCAAUUGUAAUUUGUAAUAUAAAUAAUCAACAGGAAACUGCUGAAAAUCAACCAUUUACGGAUAUUCAUCAAGUGCCAGAAAAAGAUGAUUCAAGUAUGUGUAGCGUUCCAAAACCUCCAAGUUCACCACAUGGAAUAAUACCGACUGAUAUUACAGAUAAUCAAAUGAUUGAUGACUGCAGUGAAGCACUUGAAAACAACCCAAAUCCAAAUCUAACAAAUCAAACAGAUCAAUCAAAUAUCACAAAUCCAAAUGAAACUCUACCAAACAAAGUAAUCGGUUCAAAUAAUGAUGACAUAUUCAAAAACCCAAUACAACAAUGGGAUCCAAACACAUAUGUUAUCAGUGAGACGCCAAAUAUGUUUCAUCAAAGUUUAUGCCUGGUUAAUUUAUUUACUCAAAACGAGGUUGAAACAUUUCUACGCCAACAUAUUGAUCAAUUACAAGGCGAAUAUGGGAUAUUAUUGUUUUUAUAUUCGGUGUUGAUGACUAAAGGUGUGAACGAUUUAAAGUCUGAAAUAGGUGAUUUAAGUGAACCACUGAUACAUGAAGUUUAUGGGUACGGAUCACAAUCAUUGGUUAAUUUAAUGUUAACGGGUCGGGCUGUACAGCAUGUCUGGGAUAAUGAUCAAGAUGUUGGAGGUUUAACAUUAAAAGGAAUUGAUCAACAAAGUGAAAUUGGAUUUGUAACAUUAAUGGAACAUAUGCGAUACUGUACAGUUGGGAUGUUCUACAAAAAUCCAAAAUAUCCAAUAUGGGUAUUAGGUUCAGAGACACAUUUAACAGUGGCAUUCAGUUUUGAUUUACGUCUGGUUUCACCAGAACAACCAUGGGAAACAGCUAGGCGAAUAUUUAGACGAUAUGAUCCGGAUGGAAGUAAUUUUAUACCAUUUGGUCUACUACAAGAUUUAUUACAAUCCCUUGGUUUAGUCAGUGAUCCCGAAUAUGUGGAAGUAAUGCGUCAAAAAUUAGACUCGGAAAAUUUAGGAAUAGUUUUAUUAAGCAAUUUUCUAGAUGAAUUUUAUCCCGAUAUGAAAUCUUUAGUACCAGAGACAUUUACAUUAUGGCAUUAUAAUGGUUUAGCUGGAUCCCAUCAUAAAGGCACUGUUCAAUAUAUUAAAGGACAUGCUGUUCUCCUAGAAUGUGACAUUAAAGCGGGCAGUGAAGUUGAUCAGGUACUUACGUGCUUACAAACUAAAUGGCCAAAUGUUGAAAUUCAAUGGGAAACUCCUAACAACAAGCCACCAUCUUUAAAUUAAAUCAAAACUUUCAUUUUGUUCUAGCUAGCUAUAUAGACUAAACAAUAUUAUCAGAUUUAUUAUUUGUGGGGAAAAAUAGGAGAGGAAUGAUUUUAUUUUAAAAAAUUUUUGGAGAUUGUUGAAAUUUACACUGAAUAUAUAUUUAUUUCUAUUUUAAAUUUAUUUAUUUCUAUUUUUCAUUUAUUUUUAGUACAAAAAAUACAAGGUCUGUUAUUUCCCAGCAACUAAAUGAAGGGUGGAUUUUUUUUUAGAGGUAUAAAUUUUGGGCGUUUUGUCGAGUUCGAUAAAAAGUGGAAAAUUUUUUCAAUAGAUUUUUUAACCAAAUAUUUUUAAAAUAUACAAAAACAUUUAUAAUUAUAAUUAAGUUUUAAGUUUGGUAAAGUGGAGGUAAAAAGAGGGUUUUCAGAUUGACACGAUAACAGCAAUUCUAAUAAUUUGAAACAAUAUUUAAAAAAAGUUCCUUUAUUAGUAAGCCCGACCACUUAAUUUUUUAGAAAUGGUAAAAAACAUAAUUUUGAUAUAAAAGUGGUAGGGACGAUAGCAAGUUGUAUAUUGAAAGUUAGCACAAAUUUAAAGCAAACUGGUUUAGUAGAACUUGAGAUAUCAUGUUAACCUUGUUGAAAAAUGUAAUUUUAAGAAAAUGCAUUUAAAGUUUUCACCAAGUCUACCAUCUAUAGUGAUAACUAGAAAAAUGAUGACUCCAUAAAGUUCUAGGCAAUUAAAUUCAAAAUUGUAAAUAAUAAUAAAGUUCAAAAUUCUGGACAAAAAACCCCCUUAAAUUGAGUAUUACGUUCUGUCAAUUAUAUAUACAUAAUAUAUACAAGAACAGAUCUUGUAUUUUUUUAUCAUAAAAAGAACCGUGCAUUUUAAAUGUUAUGCCAUCUAAAAGUAGCUUUCUAAUUUUCCCCCUUGUAUAUUUAUU